CAUUAAUAAUCGUCGCCAUCACAUUGGGGGUGAAUAAAACGGAAAGUUAUGGUUACACCUCUUCUGGAAUAUGUUGGGUGCAGCGUCCCGAGUUUUACUACGUGGUUGUUGGACCCGUACUUUUUACGCUGGUUGUCAACUGCACUGUGUUCUUGAUGAUUCUGCACCAGCUGCUACGUUUGUCACGGCUCAGUGGCCAAACCAGCUUAAACGAGAGUUCGACGAAGAGGUUGGCACGAAAUUUCCGCUCAGCCGUCAGUUUGUUUGUUCUGUUGGGUCUCACGUGGGUCUUUGCGUUUCUGGCUAUCGGAGCAGCGAAUACCGUGUUCACAUACCUGUUUGCGUUGUUUAGCUCUCUACAGGGCCUCUUCAUGUUUACUCUCUACUGUCUACUGAAAGAAGAAGUUUGGACUAUUUUGAAAAACUUAUGCUGUGGUAAAGAUGAGUUCUCGGAUAUAAAAAAGAACACAAUGACUACAUCAAGUACAUUUUAUAAAUCCAGCCUGAACGAAGAGGAAACUAUGAAAGAUAGUUACAACAUUGAAUCUGUUGAAUCAGCGCCAUUGAAGGAUACAGGUGACACGACCUAG